AACUUACAGUGUCCAUGGCUAUGGACAAUAGCAAAUUGUGAAAUUUCAAAUUUGUCAUCACAGUCUCUGCAUUUCGUUUCCAAAACUCGACUCAGAGAAGAGAAGAAGAAGAAGAAGAAGAAGCAUGUAUUCGAGCCAGUUCGACGGAAACGCAGCCUUCUCCGGCGGCGGAUUCAUGCCCUCACAGGCUACUCCGGGCCCUGACACUUCCUUCCUAUCUUCCAAGAAUCGUGAUGCCCAGUCCUUGCUUCCUCUGACAGUCAAGCAAAUAAACGAUGCGUUUCAUUCAAGUGAUGAUAAAACCAAUUUGAUUAUUGAUGGUGUGGACGUUAACAAUGUUACUCUUGUAGGAAGGAUAUGCAAUAAAGCUGGAAGGAUUACUGAUGUUACUUUUGUACUUGAUGAUGGUACUGGAAGGAUUGAGUGUAGUAAAUGGCUUCAGGAAGCUGUAGAUACAAAUGAAGUGGAGGGACUCUUGGAUGGAAUGUAUGUGCGGCUCCAUGGACACUUGAAAGGUUUUCAGGGUAAAAGGACCUUAAAUGUUUUCUCUUUUAGGCCUGUGACUGACUUUAACGAAAUUGCCAGCCAUUUCAUUGAUUGCAUAUAUGUCCAUCUCUAUAAUUCCAGGUUACGGGCUGGCGUCCCAAGUCAGCAACAUGUUACUAAUUCUGCACCAAUUACUCCCACAAAAGGUUAUCAAGCUCCAGCUGUCCCACCAAAUCAAUUCUCCGGUCAACAUAACAAUGGUCAGAAGAGUGUUGAAGAUAUGGUCUUAGAGGUUUUGCAUCUUCCCGCAAACAGGGCAAGGGAUGAGGGAGUCCCUCGUGAUCUUAUUGCGCAGCAUCUUGGAAUUCCUUUGGAUAAGCUCAUGCUGGCUAUUAAAAAUCUUAUAGAGGAAGGUGCCAUUUAUGAAGCUAUAGGUGAUCACUAUAAGUCAAUCAUCAAUGGUUGACAUCUUGAUGGAUAAAGACAUCAAUCUCGCCAGAGUAUGCUCAACUCUGCGUAACUUUCUAUGCAUUCUAGUGAUGUUACAUAUGUGGACAUAAGCAAAGCAGCAGUUCUACUGGAUUUUGAUCAACUUAUUUUUCUACUCUUGAUAACUAAUAUAUUAAAGUACGAAUCGGUGACAAAUAUAAUAUGAUAUGGAAUGAAUCUACUGUGCAAGGGCUUUUGACCGA